CGUAUCUGAGUGACGAGUUAAUACGAGAAUUCGACCGUUACGCAAUGUGAUGGAAUCUCCAUAACUACGACUAAAGUGCGCGAUUGAUCUUCAGGCGAGAAACAAUGCUGAUUCAAUUGUUCUUCGCCCUUCUGUCGGUCCUUGAUAACAGCUCAGCCCAAGGAGCUUUCACGCGGGAUCACAGGUUUCUGGGCAACGGCAUCGGUGGUACGUCGGUUAUGACAGCGACGAAGAAUACUGCCGGCUGGCCACAAUUUGAGACAAACGUCGCUCGAAACGUCACGAUCGCCGUUGGUCAAACGGCUUUUUUGCAUUGCAGAGUCUAUCAGCUAGGCGAUAAAGAGGUGUCGUGGAUGAGAAAGAGAGAUAUGCACAUCCUGAGCGCAGGCAUCCUCAUGUAUACCUCAGACCUGAGGUUUCAGGUCAUCCAUCCAGACAAGUCCGAGAAUUGGACGCUACAGAUCAAAUCACCGCAGCAGCGAGACUCUGGUGUUUACGAAUGCCAGGUCAGCACUGAGCCCAAGAUGUCCCUCAACUACAGCCUCAACGUGGUCGAGGCACGAGCCAGGAUAACGGGUGCCUCGGACAUAAUCGUGAAAACGGGCAGCUCACUCACGCUUACCUGCGUCAUGUCGCAAGGGCCGCACAAUCUCGGCACUGUCAAUUGGUUUCGCGGCAGCACCCAGAUAACGACCUCCACGAUAUCGGAUAAUGCCCUAGACACGGAGCCGCGGAUUAUGGUGGAGACUGAAUGGAGCGACGCGCUUACCUCCAAAUUAAAGAUCAACCGAAUAAGGUCGACUGACACUGGAAAUUACAGUUGCGUUCCGACAGCCGCGGAAAGAGCGAGUGUCAACGUACAUGUGAUCAACGGUGAACACCCGGCAGCGAUGCAACACGGGAACACAGCGGCUGGUUGGCCAACCUCAAGGACGAUCCUCUUGGCCCUCGCCUUCUUCCUCGGGAAGCUGAGAUAAUGUGCGGACCAACCAUCUCGUAAUGAAUUUACACCCAAACCUACACAAUCGUACACCCAACAAGCCAAUUGCUCCCCCAUAUGCUAUGAAGAAAACAACUGCGAAUGACGAUUACUAAGAUAAUGUAAUGUGUAUGUGUGCAUAUGUGAAAUAGAAAUAGAAUUAGAUAUACAAGACAGAAAGGCAAUACAAUAAGUACCCAAUAUAAAAUACCGAUGCAGGAAGAUAACUAUGAUUUCAUGAAGU